AUGAAACGGAACACGAGUCAUCCGAGGUCCGACGCCGCGGCGAUACGCGCCGCGGAGGCGUUCGCCGUCGGCGCCGAGGGCGUGGCCAUCCCCGGCGGGGUCGCCGAGCGGGCGCAGGCCGCGGCAGAGGCCAACGCCCUCGCCGCGCGCGACGAGGAUAAAGUCACCUUCACCGACGUCCUCACGUGGGAGGAGACAAUGAAGCUGUCGACGGGCAAGCCGGUGACUGACGAGGUCGCAGCUGUGGCGGCGGCGGCGGAGGCGGCGAACGACCCCGGAGCGGCGACCAGCUGGCCACUCGGGGUGAGCGCCGCGCUCGCGCGGGCGGCGAUGCACAAUUGUGCGCACGAGCGCGCGUCUUGA